UCAAGACAUCUGAAACAUGCCUGGUUUACAGAGAAAAUUUCUUAUCAAGAGACGAGGAAAUAUAUUGCUCAUGAACACGGAUAAAACUGCUGUAGAUAUCAGAUAUCCUAUGGUGUUCCGAGGACUAUUUUUUUAAAAGAUCUGCGGAAACAGCUAUAUAUUACACUUCGACAUAUUUGCUGUGCAUUUUCCGAAAAAAAGUAAACUACUGCUGAUAAAAAGUUCUGCUGGCAAAAUACUUUCGUCGGAUGUUUUUGUUUUAUCAAACAACUCUUGAUGGUGAUAACUUAUUAAUUACUUUGAAUAUUAUAUAAAACAGGAUUUUGUGUAAGAAGUGAUUGAGCUGAAUAACCCCAGCUGUAAGUCUGAAGAUUCGCCAUCAGGUGAUAGACACUGCUGGUGGACGAUUCGUCCCCAAUAUUUGCCGUAACCUGUAUGCCACGUUUUAAUUCAUGCGAAUAGUGGAACAAUUUAGAAAAUACAUCAUGAACAAUGAGUGAAUGAGGACGCUGAUGAUAUCACCAUGGGGGACUCAUACUUCAACAAGUCCUGGUUCUACGGCAUUCACGAGUACGGUUUUGGGAACUCUUCCUUUUUCACGUUCAUGUCGGAAUUCAACCGUCCAUGGUCGGGACUACCUUACAUAGAGGCAUUGGUAUUCAUUGUCCUAUUUCUAUUUUCCAUGUUCGGUAAUAUCCUGAUCUUUUACCAGAUGUUCCAAACAAAGAGCACUCGAACCGUUACCAACUGCAUGAUAGCCAAUUUGGCAAUGGCAGACAUUUUGUUUUCAUUCGGAAGUCCUUUCAUUGCAAUCACGCGUUUAACAGGUGAUUGGAUUUUUGGUAAUGCUGUGUGCAAAGUAUUUGUUUACCUUCUGUUUACUUGUGCCAUGGUCAUGAUCUGGACUAUGACUGUGAUUAGUAUUGACCGACAUAUAUGUAUUAAUAAAACAACUUCCAAGAAGAUGACCCCACAAGUGGCAGUCGCCAUUAUCAUAAUCACGUGGGUCGUCUGCUUGUUGUGCUUUAUUCCACUUGCGUUGUAUUUUCACACCAGAUCGUUUCUGUUCGGACAUGAUUACGUCACUAUAUGUACUUUGUCGUGGCCAAAGACAAGUGGGUUCCGUGCAUCUAUCUUCUUCACUGUUCUUAGUUGUUUGCUUGGUUUUGUCAUUCCAAUUGCUGUCAUGAGUAUGAACUAUUUCAAAAUUAUUCGCAAAUUUGUGGGGUCACGACGUGCUAUUUUACAUAAUCACAACAGAGUCGACGUACUAAAUUCAAAUUCCCUGAAGACCCGAAAAAAUCGUGAUCAACGAGACGUGAAAUUGAUAAAAACAUUACUACUGCUUGUGUUCCUGUUCAUGUUGAUGUGGCUCCCAAUCUUCGUUGUUUUCGUCAUAAUUCUCAUCGAUGGCAUGAUGGAUAAUAUGCAGGUUCCUUCAAUUGCUCUCAUUAUUACAGUUUGUAUCGCCCUUGCAAACGCAUGUGUCAAUCCUUUUCUUUAUGGUGUCAUUAACGAUAAAAUACGGCGCGCCAUCUUCAAGUGUUUCGCGUGCAAAAACGCGGUGUCGACAAGUGGGACAGGGAGCUCUAUACGUCAAAGUAUCCGCGCCAUAAGUUACAGCCAGAACUCGAGCAACAGUGAAAACAUGACUAGAUAGUGAAUCUGAUCGGAGGCAACCAAUUUAGCUUCGACAAAUUGCUCAAUGCAGAUGUUACAAACUUCUUUUGCACAUUUCGAUUACUGUGUUAUUUAACUUGUUUUAGUUUGUUUUAACGUUAGAUUAAGACACUCGCCAGGUAUAAACAGGAUGUUAUGUUAACUGUGACAAGUACAUCUUAUGUGGUAUUGUGUGCAAGGCACACACGUUUUAUCAAUGGAUGUGGCUAUAAACACUAAAAUGGAUGUAAUUAUCUAUAAUUAAAGUGUUUUUAGUACAGUUGAAGUGUAGUACUCAAGUUCCGCCUAGAUAUGGUUAGUAUGUAUUGUAUAUCGUGAGAAAAUGUCGUUUGAUCACAAAUCUUCAUUACAGCGGAUGCCACCCGUUUCCCCCGAAAUGUACGAUGAUAUAGGACACAUUUGUGUUGGUGGUCCGUAGAAAUUGGAUAUAUAUUUGUUUAGUCAUGACAAUAAAUGUACUAGAUAUUAAAACCAGGAUGACAAAUCACAAUCUGGUACAAUACUCUACAUGUACAUAUAUGUUAUAAUUAUUUCCGUUAUAUAAAUUGAGCUACCGCUUGUAUUUUUGCUAUAAGUAUCGUUAUUAAUGAACAGUCUGUUUUUUUCCUAUUAAAUGUGUCUAUUUUGCAUUGACCUUGUUUCGGGGACAACUUCGAAAUCCAAGGGUUUAGCUUCUCUGUGUCAUUGAUAUAUGUUAAUAAAAUCGAAACGUUCUGAA